ACCACUUCCGUUCCGUUCAGCGGUUAGACUUCCGUUCGCGUCGAGGAUCUCAGAUCUAGGAGCGUGGAUUGUAAAGGAUAUAUUUCUCUAGGUCUUUAUUUCUGUUUUGUUUUGUCCAUUAACUCGGUCCACCAUGUCAGGACGCGAGGCCCUCAACAUGAAGCUGCCGCCGAUCCAGUCCACGGCCGGAGCCGUGCCGAUCCGCAAUGAGAAAGGUGAGAUUUCCAUGGAGAAGGUGAAGGUGAAGAGGUAUGUCUCCGGUAAGCGUCCCGACUACGCUCCGAUGGAGUCGUCGGACGAGGAGGAAGAGGAUUUCCAGUUCGUGAAGAAGGGGAAAGACGCUGAACCGGAGCUGGAGGAGGAGGAGGUGUCGGAUCCUCGUCUCAAACGUCUGCUGAACCGGGUGUCUGAGGAUGUGGAGGAGAGGCUGGCGAGACACAGACAGAUCGCGGAGCCCGAGCUGAUCGCCGAGAGCAGCGAGGACUCGGACGAGGGAACCUGGCACCCGGAGCGACAGGAGAGCAGCGAGGAGGAGGAAGAAGAGGAGGAAGAGGAGGAAGAAGAAGUUGACGAUGAGGAAAUCGAGAGGCGGCGACAGAUGAUGCGCCAGAGGGCUGAAGAGCGGAAGAACGAAGACAUGGAGAUCAUGGAGGUGGAGGAGGAGGGGAAGUCGGGGGAGGAGGCCGAGUCGGAGUCGGAAUACGAGGAAUACACCGACAGCGAGGACGAGGCGGAGCCAAGGCUGAAGCCCGUCUUCAUAAGGAAGAAGGACCGGGUCACGGUGGUGGAGCGCGAGGUGGAGGAGCUGAAGGUGAAGGAGCUGGAGGUGGAGGCCAAGAAGCAGGUGGAGGAGCGGCGGCGCUACACGCUGAAGAUCGUGGAGGAGGAGGCCAAGAAGGAGUUUGAGGAGAACCGGCGCACGCUGGCCGCUCUGGACGCCCUGGACACGGACGGGGAGAACGAGGAGGAGGAGUACGAGUCCUGGAAGGUCCGCGAGCUGAAGCGCAUCAAGAGGGACCGCGAGGCCAGAGAAGCCAUGGAGAAGGACAAGGCGGAGAUCGAGAGGUUCCACAACCUCACAGAGGAGGAGCGCCGAGCAGAGCUGCGUAACAGCGGCAAAGUCAUCACCAACAAAGCGUCCAAGGGCAAAUACAAGUUCCUGCAGAAGUAUUACCACAGGGGAGCCUUCUUCAUGGAUGACGAGCAGGACGUGUUCAAGAGAGACUUCAGCGCUCCCACACUGGAGGACCACUUCAACAAAACCAUUCUACCCAAAGUCAUGCAGGUCAAAAACUUUGGCCGUUCCGGACGCACCAAGUACACCCAUCUGGUGGACCAGGACACCACGUCGUUCGACUCGGCCUGGGCCCAGGAGAGCGCCCAGAACACCAAGUUCUUCAAGCAGAAGGCGGCCGGGGUGAGGGACGUGUUCGACAAGCCCACGGUGAAGAAGAGGAAGGCGUAGAGCCGCACCAACGCGGACGCCUGUCUCGCCAGGCCACGUUUCGAAAGACUGAGUGGAGAUUUUGGGCACGUGAUCACGUCCCCCUUCAGAUGCGUCAGAACAGCGUUAUUCUUUUUUAAUACUGCACUCUGGUUGGAUGAGUCGAUCAUUUCUCAAGAGAUUUAGGUCGCAAUACUUUAUCCGAUAUGGAUUAAGUUGAAUAGUAAUACUCAAUGAAUCGUGCUUUUAGUGGCUCUAGUGGCCACUAAAAGCUAGCGGCUAUUUACCAUAAAUUUUGAUCCAUGCUCAAAAUUGUCCAAGGGACAAUGUCGUUUUGUACAGUGUUCUGCAUUGACUUCAAAUAUCCACUUUUUCAAUAUAUUUCAAUGCAACUGUGGUGUUGAUACAUUAUUGUUAAUAAAAUUCAUUGUUUGAUUAAUCUCA